AUCCUACCUGUGGCCAUCACACGUUGAUUCUUCUCGACUAAUCACAAAGACAUCGGCACCCUUUAUCUAGUAUUUGGUGCUUGAGCCGGAAUAGUAGGCACUGCCCUAAGUCUACUUAUCCGAGCGGAACUAAGCCAGCCCGGCGCUCUCCUUGGAGACGACCAAAUUUACAACGUAAUUGUUACGGCACAUGCCUUCGUAAUAAUUUUCUUUAUAGUAAUACCAAUUAUGAUUGGGGGUUUUGGGAACUGACUUAUUCCACUUAUGAUCGGUGCCCCCGACAUGGCAUUUCCUCGAAUAAAUAACAUAAGCUUUUGACUUUUACCCCCUUCUUUCCUACUUCUCCUUGCUUCCUCAGGGGUAGAAGCUGGGGCUGGUACAGGAUGAACUGUCUACCCUCCCCUAGCAGGAAAUUUAGCACAUGCCGGGGCCUCUGUAGACUUAACCAUUUUCUCUCUCCACUUAGCAGGAAUUUCCUCAAUUCUAGGCGCAAUUAAUUUUAUUACAACUAUUAUUAACAUGAAACCCCCUGCCAUUUCUCAGUAUCAGACACCUUUAUUCGUAUGAGCCGUAUUAAUUACCGCUGUCCUACUCCUACUUUCGCUCCCCGUACUUGCCGCCGGCAUUACAAUACUUCUUACAGACCGGAAUCUAAAUACCACAUUCUUUGACCCUGCCGGAGGAGGAGACCCAAUCCUCUAUCAACAUCUGUUCUGAUUCUUCGGCCACCCAGAAGUAUAUAUUCUUAUUCUUCCCGGCUUUGGAAUAAUCUCACACAUUGUUGCCUAUUAUGCAGGCAAAAAAGAACCUUUCGGUUACAUGGGUAUAGUAUGAGCUAUAAUGGCUAUUGGUCUUCUAGGCUUUAUUGUAUGAGCCCACCACAUGUUUACAGUUGGUAUAGAUGUAGACACCCGAGCGUAUUUUACAUCGGCUACUAUAAUUAUCGCAAUCCCCACCGGUGUUAAAGUCUUUAGUUGGCUCGCAACUCUUCACGGGGGCUCUAUUAAAUGAGAAACCCCCCUCCUAUGGGCCCUUGGUUUCAUUUUCCUCUUCACGGUAGGCGGAUUAACUGGAAUUGUUCUAGCCAACUCCUCCCUAGAUAUUGUUCUUCAUGACACUUAUUACGUAGUAGCCCACUUCCAUUAUGUCUUGUCUAUAGGUGCCGUAUUUGCCAUUGUUGCUGCUUUUGUUCACUGAUUCCCUCUAUUUUCAGGCUACACCCUACAUAGCACUUGAACAAAAAUUCAUUUUGGAAUUAUGUUUGUAGGAGUAAACUUAACAUUCUUCCCACAACACUUCCUUGGUCUCGCCGGAAUGCCUCGCCGAUACUCGGACUACCCAGACGCCUACACCCUGUGAAACACAGUUUCAUCAAUUGGGUCCCUCAUCUCCUUAGUCGCAGUUAUCAUAUUUUUAUUUAUUAUCUGAGAAGCCUUUGCCGCCAAACGUGAAGUCCUAGCUGUAGAAUUAACUGCGACCAACGUGGAAUGACUACACGGCUGCCCUCCACCCUACCACACAUUUGAGGAACCUGCAUUUGUUCAAGUUCAAUCAAACUAA